CUAAAUGGAAACUAAUUUCACAGAAAAUCCAGAAUCUCCAUACGAUUCUUAUGAUACCACUUCUGGUAUCGAAUUAGUCGUCGAAAAUGAACGAUUCAGGGUAUGCAGGUGUCUUCUCGUGUAUGCCUCGCCAGUAUUCAAAAGCAUGCUAACAUUGGAGUUCAAAGAAAAGCAAGAAGGAGAGGUCCAUUUACCUGGGAAGCGGUCCAAAGAUAUCAAGGAACUUCUGGAUUACUUGAACCCGGGACUCGACGACACUUUGGCUGAUGGGGCUGAUUCUGCUAUUCGUUUAUUACCAUUAGCAGAGGAGUACCAAAUCAAUAAGCUUAGAGAUAAGUGCGCAUCAACCAUUCUCCAAGAACUACAAACAAACGAUAAACCUCAAGAAUUUGUCGUCAAAUGCUUAAAAAUGUCUAAUCAGUAUUGUUUACUCGAGGUUCUCCAAUAUUGUGUGGAGAAAUGUGCCAUGUCUAAGAGUUUGUGGAAAAUGGUCAGAGACUCAGAGGAUGUCCCAACGGAACUCAAAGCCAAAGUGUACGAAGAGCGACUUUACGUUCUUGAAGCAGAAAGGGAGGAAUUGGUAACAGCUAAACAUUGCAUGAUGGGUAUAAAACGUCGGUUGAAUGAAAUUGUUACUCCCCAUGAUCAGCAUUGCCGUUGCAGGACUGAGUUAAAAGUGCGAUCACCUCUGCAGCGCACCUGUAAUUUCUGUGCACGCACCUGGUGCACGGAUAACGUGAGCACUGACUCUUACCGCAGUUCUUACUGGUUCCUCUGCAAUCACCGCAUUGGUUACAACGUGGCGAACGAUGCGGUUCUCAGAAACUUUCUGGAAUCGAAAGACUGAAUACAUCGCUUCUUGAAUUCAUGAUCUUAUUUGAAAAAAAGUCUUUAAGAUGUUUGAAAAUUAUGCAUAAUUAUCUAAAUGUUU